AUAAAGAAGGCUUUAAUAUAUGGACAGGCAUGGAUGCAUGCAUGCAUUUAUAUCUAAAUAUCUGCUAAUCAGAAGUAGUGUGUUUUAGCAACUCUGCCGGCUAUAGAUACCGAAGUCACCAAGAAUUAAGAAAUGGAGAGGACGAAUGCCAAGAAGGAAUUAGAACUUGCUGGCAGGAGCUUAAUAGAAAUGGUGUUCUCAUGGUCUCUCAGAGAUGUUCUCAAUAAAGAUCUUUACACAAAGAAGGUCACAAGGAUCCCAGAGACAUUCUCGUCCAUGGCUGAUUACAUGAAGUCAUUCAUUCCUCCAUUACUUGAGGAAACGCAUGCUGAUUUGUUUUCCAACAUGACAGCACUGUCUCGAGCACCUAUUCGUGAAAUAGAUUCUGUUGAAAUGGCAAAAGAAUUCAAAUCUCCCAAGGACUUGUUUUAUGAGAUUUCAUUGAAGAGGGCUGCCGAUACUGAGAAUGAUGUUGGAAAAUAUGAACCUGAGGUUGGUGACCUUAUUGCCUUGACAGAUGUUAGACCAAAGCGCAUUGAUGAUUUGAACAGGCCCAGACGAUUCUAUCUUAUUGCUUAUGUUCAUGGCGGAAGAGAUGAGAAUUCUGAUAAGAUUUCGAUACUGGCAUCAAAGUCCAUCAUCUUUACUGAACUAGAGUACUUUCGAAAGAACAAGAGAGAGACACUUUUUGCAGUUUAUCUUAUGAACAUGGUUACAAAUGUUCGUGUAUGGAAAGCACUGCACUCGGAGCUGGAAGGAGGAAACACAAACAUUAUUAAGCAAGUGCUACAAGCUGCCAAUUCAGCUGAUGAAAAUUGCACUACUUGCUUUUCUAAAGGAAAAUGCAGUUCUGUUCCUUCUUGUAUAGCGGACAAUCUAAAUGACUCUCAAAAAGCAGCCGUUCUAAGUUGUGUUCAUAUGAGGGACUGCUAUCAUCAGAACACUGUCAAACUGAUAUGGGGCCCUCCAGGGACCGGGAAAACAAAGUCCGUUGCUUUCUUACUUCUUGCCCUCCUUAAAAUGAAGUGCAGGACAUUGACAUGUGCUCCAACAAACAUUGCAGUUGUGGAAGUGACAACACGGCUUCGGAGUUUGGUUGGGGAGACGCUGGAGUAUGACACAUAUGGGCUUGGGGAUAUAGUUUUGCUGGGGAAUCGUAAGCGAAUGAAGAUUGAUGAUCACAACGAUCUUCUUGACGUGUUUCUUGAGCAUCGUGCUUAUGUGCUUGGGAAGUGUUUUGCUCCAUUGACUGGAUGGAAAUCUUGCUUAGAAUCAAUGAUAUCUUUGCUCAACAACCCUGAAUUUGAGUAUAUUAUAUACAUGGAAAAAAUAAAAAAGGAAACAGAUGAGGAUGAUGAUGAGCUCAACUUUGUAAAGGAUGAUGAUGCUGCUCCUCCUUUGACAUUUAAGGAGUUCUUUAGGAAGAAAUUUAGUUCCCUUUUUGAGCCACUGAGGUCUUUUAUGGUGGAUUUGUAUACUCACUUGCCCACUUCUAUGAUACAGUUAGAGGUAGUGAAGAACAUGAUUAGAGCUCUGGAAUUGCUGGAAUCUCUUGAAGUUUCGCUAGGCAGAGUCGAUGUGGCCAAAGGGUUAACACAAGUUCUCAAUUGUUUCGAAAGCAAACAGUGUCUGCGCUUACUGAGAUCUCUUUCUCUGACGUUUUCUCUUCCAAAUUUAACAGAAAAUUAUGGCAUAAAAAACAUGUGCUUGGAAAAUGCGUGUCUAGUGUUCUGUACUGCAUCAAGCUCUGCUAAAUUACACACAGAAGGAAUGGCGCCAUUUGAAUAUUUAGUCAUCGAUGAAGCUGCCCAACUUAAGGAAUGUGAAUCAAUUAUUCCUUUACAACUAUCUGGUCUCCGCCAUGCAAUUCUCGUAGGGGAUGAGAUGCAACUCCCUGCCAUGGUUAAAAGCAAGAUAUCCGAGAAGGCUGAAUUUGGAAGGAGUUUGUUCAAAAGACUAGUCAUGUUGGGUCAGCAUAGGCACCUUCUUGAUGUCCAGUACAGGAUGCAUCCAUCAAUCAGCUUAUUUCCAAACAGGGAGUUCUAUGACAACCAGAUUUCAGAUGGUCCAAAUGUUCGACAAAGAUGCUUCGAAAAACGCUUCCUUCAGGGCAACAUGUACGGCUCCUACGCUUUUAUAAGUAUAGCUCAAGGAAAGGAGGAGCUUGGUGGUGGUUUCAGCUCCAAGAAUAUGGUUGAGGCUGCCGUUGUCUCCGAGAUCGUUUCCAAACUUUUUAAACAAUAUGUUCACACAAAGAACGAGGUUAGUAUAGGAGUCAUAUCACCAUAUAAGGCUCAAGUUCAUGCGAUGGAAGAGAAACUCAAAAAAUACUCUACAUAUUCUAAUGAGGGCUUCUCUGUCGAUGUUCGCUCUGUCGAUGGAUUCCAAGGAGGAGAGCAAGAUGUGGUGAUUAUCUCCACUGUAAGAUGUAAUGGGAAUGGAACUAUAGGUUUUCUUUCCAACCGACAAAGAGCAAACGUGGCACUGACUCGUGCAAAGUAUUGCCUUUGGAUACUGGGAAAUGGGGUUACUUUACUCAACAAAAACUCUAUCUGGAAGAAACUGGUCCUUGAUGCCAAGGAACGGGAGUGUUUCCACAAUGCAGACGAGGACAAGAGCUUGUCUCAGGCUAUUAUGGCUGCCUUGGUGGAGCACCAGCCUGAUACUUUACUCAGUAACGACUCUCUGCUCUUCAGAGAAGCCAGAUGGAAGAUUUCCUUCAACAAUGAUUUUGGAAGAUCUAUAGCAAGAAUAAGCGAUGCAGAGAUACGUCAGGAAGUGUUAUCUAUGUUGGAAAAGCUUGCAAGUGGUUGGCGUCAGCCUCAAGAGGAGAGAGACCUCAUUGUCCUCGAUGGAAUUUCUUCUCAACUACUGGAAAUUUACAACGUCAAGGACGACGAAAACUAUCUGGUCUGGACUGUAGAUAUAGUCAAGGAGAACGAAAACUACAUUCAGGUUAUGAAGGUUUGUGAUGUCGUGCGACUUUCUGAUGUAACAAAACUUGCAAAGCAUCUUGACAUCUUAUUUGGAAGUUACACAGUGGACAAGAUGCAAAAGUGCAAACACAGAUCAGUCGACGGGAGUUUGGUUGUUCCAAUGAAAUGGCCAGUUGACCCAAGUAGUACUUGUGAUGAAACUGAUGCUUUGUGGUACCUCUCAAAACCAUUAUCGGCACUCAGCAUAAGGGAUGAGCCAGAAACAUCACUGAAACUGUCAGAGAGCAUUUUCCAAGCCUCAAAUCUGAAGAUGCUGGGUCGAAGAAAAAGUGGUAAGCUCGGCACAGGGAGAGAGGAGGGAUGCAACCAUCAGGGAGAAAUGCUAUGGGCAGUAGAAGUCAACCAUUUAUAGCUGGCUGUUUUGUGUAUUUAUUUUCUACAACAUUUGUAUUGAAUAGUAUGAUGAAGUGUAGUAAUGUGGCAGUUGCAGACAAUAUGGAGUGUUGGUUUAUGGUUAAACAUGGCAAUCAUUUAGUAGCUA